CAGGGCACCAGUCCUCGCCACCUGUGGUGGACACCAUGCAUGGUAAAGUCCUGGGGAAGUUCAUCAGCUUGCAAGGAUUUGCACAGCCUGUGGCCGUUUUCCUGGGAAUCCCUUUUGCCAAGCCUCCUCUUGGACCCCUGAGGUUUACUCCACCACAACCUGCAGAGCCGUGGAGCUUCGUGAAGAAUGCCACCUCUUACCCUCCUAUGUGCUCCCAAGAUGCCGUGGCGGGGCAGGUGCUCUCUGAGUUCUUUACCAAUCGUAAGGAGAACAUUCCUCUCAAGUUUUCUGAAGACUGUCUUUACCUCAAUAUUUACACUCCUGCUGACUUGGCCAAGAAAAGCAGACUGCCGGUGAUGGUGUGGAUCCACGGAGGGGGGCUGUUGCUGGAUGGGGCAUCAACCUAUGAUGGGCUGCCCCUUGCUGCCUAUGAAAACGUGGUGGUGGUGACGAUUCAGUACCGUCUUGGCAUCUGGGGAUUCUUCAGCACAGGGGAUGAACACAGCAGGGGGAACUGGGGCCACCUGGACCAGCUGGCUGCCCUGCGCUGGGUCCAGGACAACAUUGCCAGCUUUGGCGGGAACCCAGGCUCUGUGACCAUCUUUGGAGAGUCAGCGGGAGGAGAAAGUGUCUCUGUUCUUGUUUUCUCUCCAUUGGCCAAGAACCUCUUCCACCAGGCCAUUUCUGAAAGUGGUGUGGCCUUGACUGCUGCUCUGGUGGAGAAAGGCGACAUCAAGCCCCUGGCUGAGAAAAUUGCUACCAUUGCUGGGUGUAAAACCACCACCUCAGCUGUCAUGGUUCACUGCCUGCGACAGAAGUCGGAAGAGGAGCUCUUGGAGACCACAUUGAAAAUGGUAGGUGUGCCUGUUCCCAAACAGUUGAUGGGCUAUCAACUCUCUGAAGGGAAACUGGACCAGAAGACAGCCAUGUCACUCUUGUGGAACUCCUAUUCCAGUGUUAAAAUUCCUAAGGAACUCAUUCCAGAAGCCACUGAGAAGUACUUAGGAGGAACAGAUGACCCUGUCAAAAAGAAAGACCUCUUCCUGGACUUGGUGGGGGAUGUGAUGUUUGGUGUCCCAUCUGUGAUUGUGGCCCGAAACCACAGAGAUGCUGGAGUACCCACCUACAUGUAUGAGUUUCGGUAUCGUCCAAGCUUCUCAUCAGACCUGAAACCCAAGACGGUGGUAGGAGACCAUGGGGACGAGAUCUUCUCUGUUUUUGGGGCCCCAAUUUUAAAAGAGGGCGGCUCUGAAGAGGAGAUCAGACUUAGCAAGAUGGUGAUGAAAUUCUGGGCCAACUUUGCUCGCAAUGGAAACCCCAAUGGGGAAGGGCUGCCCCACUGGCCAGAGUACAACCAGAAGGAAGGGUACCUACAGAUUGGUGCCAACACCCAGGCGGCCCAGAAGCUGAAGGACAAGGAAGUGUCUUUCUGGACUAACCUCUUUGGCAAGAAGGUGGUGGAGAAGCCACCCCAGACAGAACACAUUGAGCUGUGAAUGGGAUGUCCAGCCAGCGUCAGGAGCCUGGAGGAGCCAAGAAUGGGGUCUUUUGUUAAAGAGAUUGCAGGUUAAGAAGGCAUCUUACCAUGGCUGGAGAAUUGUCUGGUGGCGGGGGAGGUGGAGGAGGCAGAGGCCAUAAAGGAGCAAGUUUUGUAUUUGUGACCUCAGCUUUGGGAAUAAAGGAUCUUUUGGAGGC